CAAAACCGAAUCUCAUCGAAUAAAAAUUUUUCGUGUUUUUCACGAAUUUCCUGACAAUUUUAAUUUUUUUAACGAAUAUUUUAGCAGAAAUUUUCAACUACCUCAAGAAAAGUAACUUGUGUCAUUUAAAAAAAGCAAAAAAAUGGUCGUUUUAAAAUCCUGUUGGUCGCCGUGCUUAUGGACAGAUUCCAUCACAAAGGGCACGUAUGCCAUUGCCGUGUAUACCGCAGCGAUGUCUGUCGUCCUCAUCACCGUCACGGAUUACAUGUUGCGCGGCGGUGAAAGUGCCCAAAUUUGGUCGCCGCUCUUCGAAACAGACAUCCGUGACUCGAUGCAGUACGUCGGAGGCUUUUUCGAGGCAUAUUUCAUGCUUCUCAUUAUUUCGUCGCUUUGCAUCGUUUUUGCCAUUCGCACGUACACACGCGGCUGGUUGUUGCCCUGGUUGAUCCUCAUGGGCAUCGUCAUUGCGUUCCAAUUCGUGUUUGGCUUGUGGCUCAUCGGAGGCUAUUACAUCUACUUGGCCAACACAUUGAAUGCCUUUUUGCUCUGGCUCUGGAUGGGACUUCACAUCUACUUUUGGUUGUGCGUUUUCUCGCAAUACCAAAUCUUCCUCAUUUCGCAGUCGCCAAACAUUGAACUUCUGAUGCCUUAUUACUGAAAAAUCUCAUUUUUAUGGGAAAAAUGACAAAAUUUAGAUUUUUAAGUGAAACAAACGCACUCACUUUUUUCCGUCGUUAGAAAUAGAAAAUAGCUUAGAAGAAUAGAAAUAAUAUUGCUUAAGUACUGAAAAAGUAAAAAAAAAAUCAGUGCGAGACACAAAAAGUAUUUUUUACAAGAAGUAACGAAACAUUCACAAAUCAAUCAAAAGAAUAUCAAACUUACUCUAAGCCGUCCUCUUUUACAAUUUUUUAAAAUGUUUUUGUAGUUGCAUAAGUUUAAUGACCAAUUUUUGUAAUA